AAUAAAGAAGCCAGGCAGUGGUGGUGCACGCCUUUAAUCUGAGCACUUGAGAGGCAGAAGCAAGAAGAUCUCAGUGAGUUCGGGGCCAGCCUGGUCUACAAAGCGAGUUCCAGGACAGCCAAGAUGUUACACAGAAAAACCCUGUCUUGAAAAACAAAACAAAAAAAAGAAAACAAAACCACAUCAACAACAACACCACUGUAGACGGGCAUGAUGGGUCACAUUUUUUCUUUGUGUAGCCUUGGCUGUCCUAGAACUCUCUCUAUGGAGCAAGUAGGCCUGGAACUCACAGAGAUCCACCUACCUCUGUCCCCCGGUUGCUGGGAUUAAAGGUAUGAACCACCACUGCCAGGCUAAUAGGUCACAUUUGUAAUCCUAGCACUUGGGAGAGUUCAAGACCAAGUUGGACUAUAUACCCAUUCUAGGCUAGUCUCUAAAUAAGUAAAUGUUUCCAAGAUGCUCAGCAGGAGUAAAAUCUUUUUAAAGAGUUACUUAUUUAUUUGUGGGCGUCUGCCUGUCUGUUCCUGCAUUAUGUGGUUGCAGUGCCCACAGAGGUCAGAAAAGGUCGGAAGAUCCUUUGGAACUGGAGUUGCACUGCUGGGAGCUGAACUUGGUCCUCUGCAAGAGCAGCAUGUGCACUUAACUGCUGAGCCCUCUCUCUAGCAGCCUCCCUCUCCCCCGCCAAACUAAUAAAUCUGUGAUCAAUUAGAAUGGCAUUUGUAAGAGUUGUUGACUGAGAAAGAGCUGUAAAAUGAGAGACAGAAACAUGCUGUUUCCAAAAAAAUAGUCAUGCUGUUCUUAGAAGUGCAAGUCUUUGAGCCAAUUAAAAGUUGGAGGGGAGGGAAAGCAUUACUAGGCUAGAUUAAACAUCUCCCACGAAAAGGCAACUAACUAAUCACACUAAGAUGCUUUGCCCAGUUCCUCGGGCGCCCUGGCAAUACAAGCAUUCACAACUGGAGACAAACUUUUCUAAGGACAAGGACUCGCCAAAGACAUUCAAAAGUACACAACAACAAAUUCCUCACUUGGCAUCUAGUCCACCCUCUCGUUUCUUAUUAGUAUGGUUCCAGUGAAUUUGCAAAUCUCAGAUUUCCUAGAACCAACUAUUCCCAUGCCUAACAGGCAACAGCGUAGGGACAAAGUCCUGAUCACUUGAGUUUAGUGGGAAAGGUACACAACUAGAUUGUGGUUUCUGUUCCACACCCUUCAGCACUCCUGCCCUCAGCUCCAACACUCCCAGGAGGAUCACUUGUGUCCCAGUCGCUGGAAGGUGACUGCAGCAGCACUGGUCGGGUGAGAACGGCCUAACUGAACCGCAGAGCACUCUAGGGUGGUGCUCUGGCGCGGGGAUCACGCUCCUCCCACAACCAGAGGCCUGGGGCCCUGGAGGCCGAUCUUUCCCAACCCCACAAGUUCAUCCGGCUUCGGGACAGCACUCCACGAUCCGGCCACGCCAUAAGGGGGAUCUGAAGGCCACCGGCCAUGAGCGUCCCGUUGCGAUCCGGCCGGAGCACCUGGCGGCGGGCAGCCACCGUGGUGCUAGCCGCGGGCUGGAACCGUCCGAGUCCCGGCGCCCCUCAGUCCGCCGACGACGACUUCCGGCUGCUGCUCCUCGAGCGCGCCCCAAACCAGCGCUUCAUGCCAGGCGCGCACGUCUUCCCGGGCGGUGCGCUGGACGCCGCCGACAGCUCGGCCGAUUGGCUGCGACUGUUCGCGCCCCGGCACACACCGUCGCGUUUCGGCCUGGGCCCGGCGCCGCCUCAGCACCCCUCUUUCCCGGGGGUCGUCCACGACAACGCGCACGCCGGGGCGCUGCCUGAUGACGUGGCGCUGCGCAUCUGCGCCGUCCGCGAGACCUUCGAGGAGGCUGGGGUGCUGCUGCUGAGGCCGCGGGGCUCGGCGCCGGCUUCUCCAGGGCCCGGCCUGGCGCUGUCGCCUCCGCCGGGCCUGGCCGACUGGCGCUCGCGCGUGCGCAGUGACCCGCGCUGCUUCCUGCAGCUGUGCGAGCACCUGGACUGCACGCCCGACAUCUGGGCUCUGAGCAACUGGGGCGGCUGGCUCACGCCGUACGGGCGUGGCGCCCGCCGCUUCGACACCACCUUCCUCCUGUGCUGCCUCCGCGAGACCCCGCCGGUGCAUCCCGACCUGACCGAGGUGGUGGACUACAAGUGGUUGUCUCCAUCAGAGGCAACUGAGUGUUUCCUGUCCAAAGAAAUCUGGCUGGCACCACCGCAGUUCUAUGAAAUGAGAAGACUUGAGACUUUCGACUCUCUCUCCGCUCUGUACAGAUUUUCUUCCGAUUACCCUUUAGAAAUAACUGAGAAAUGGCUGCCGAUAAUACUUUUAACUGCUGAUGGCUCCAUCUAUCUUCUCCCAGGAGAUGAGCUAUAUGUGAAAGACUCAGAUUUCUUAGAAAAACCAAUGUCUACUGAAAAAAAGACUGAAGAAUUCAUGAAGGAAGGCAAAGUAGUUAACCGAAUGGCGAUCCACAGUCUCCACCUCUAUGAAAUCUAUGUGUCUCUGCUGUCCAAGGAUAAGCUCGUGUACCCUAAGAACUACAUAUUGAAUAAGAGCCUGCCUGCCCACUUGUGAGGUGCUCCACUUGUGGGGAUCGACUGAACGUGUCUGAAAUACAAGGACUGUGCCUAUAAAGUUGUGUACUGACAUGUUUCCUGUGUUGUAUGCGUUUGCUGCCCGCCUUCAGACUGCACAAGCCAUGAGGGUCCAAUGUAUGAAGUGUUAAGAACCUGGUUACUGGAUAAAUGGCUUCACAAUG